AGAUCUGUCUGUUGACGCGGGGUAGAAGAACAGCCAGCGUCAGAGCAGACACCUACUGCCGUCUGUACUCUCUGUCUGUGGACAACUUCAACGAGGUCCUGGAAGAGUACCCCAUGAUGAGACGGGCCUUCGAGACCGUGGCUCUGGACCGGCUGGACCGCAUAGGGAAGAAGAACUCCCUCCUGCAGCACAAGGUGCAGCAUGACCUGAGCUCCGGCGUUCUCAACUACCAGGAGAACGAGAUCAUCCAGCAGAUUGUGCAGCAUGACAGAGACAUGGCCACCUGCGCCCACCUCCUCCAGAACAUUCCUCGACCUCAGCCCCCAUCUCCGGGGCACACCCCCGUCAUCUGGGCUCCCCUCAUCCAGGCACCCCUGCAGGCUGCUGCCGCCACCACCUCUGUGGCCAUCGCUUUGACGCACCACCCCCACCUCCCACACCUCCCCGCCGCGCUCUUCCGCCCGCCGGUCACAGUCCUGGGCUCCAGGAACCUCCAGGACCCUCCCCCCGGCCGGCUGAAGAAGUUCCACACGUCGGCUCCCACCUCCUUCAUGGGGCCUGAAUCCCCCUCCAGCACCCCGUCUAAACUGCACUGCUCUGGGAUGGACACAGCCCUGCUGGCCUCCUUCCGGGCCCACCACACGACUCAGGGUUCAGGGGCAGCCAGCUCCAGUCAGCAGGCGUCCAGCAGCAGUGGAACCCAGCCUGGGCCUACCGGGGCCUCCGCCUUUCCCUUUGGGCCUUUCUCCUCCUCCGGGGGCUCUCCCUCCCACAGCACGGCACAGAGCACGGCCCAGCUCCACUCACAGCCUCAGACGCAGCAGCCAUUCCGCUGCACCACCCCGCCUCUCGCUGCCCUCUUCCAGCAGGGAGCCAUGGGGGGAGCAGGGAUGGGUGGAGCAACAGGGGGAGCUACUGGGGGGGCUACAGGUUGGUCUUCAGGAGGCGCUACCGGAGGUGAAAUAGGAGGGGCUGAUGAGGGGGCCACGGGUGGGACAAUAAGAAGUGCCACUGGUUGGGGUAGACGUGGAUCUAUAGAAGGAUAUACUACUGGAGGGCAUAUAGGAAGAGCCACUGGGGGGUACUCAGGAGGGGUUAGUGGUGGGCACAUUAGAGGAACUAGUGGAGGCCAUAUAGGAGCUACUGGUGGAGCAAUGGGAGGGGCAGCUGGAGGGCAUAUAGGAGGGGCAAUGGGAGGGGCUAUAGGUGGAAUGACAAUUGGAGUUCUGGGUACCUCUAGUUCUGGUUGUAGUAUCAGCCCCCAGUCCACUGGUUCAUCCGGCAACAUUCAGCCCUGUCAACUGCUCCACAGCCAGCUGCCCCUAAAGCCUCCACAGGUGGGCUCCCUGCAGCAGUUUGCAGGCGGGGGCAGGACUCCGAGUGGGUUCUACCACUCCCCCCCUCCAGGCUCCCCAUCCUCCUCCUCCACCCAGCAGGCCCCAGAGGGCUCCCCGUCUCCCCUAGCCCAGUUCAGCCUUCCAGGCUUACAGUCUGGACUUCAGUCUGGCCUCCAGUCUGGCCUGGUCCCUCAGCUGUCCCUGGAGAGGUCUGCCCUGGCCUCGUUGGCCCAGUAUGGCUCAGCUAACGGCUCGCCCUGCUACACCCCUCUGGGGCCUAGCCCCACGGUCCAAAGCCCAGUCACAGGAAGGACUUUCCACUACAGUGACUCGUCCAGUGCCACAGGGUCCCACAGCUCUCUGCUCAUGGCCCAGACCUCCCUCCCCAGCCAGCAGCACGCAGCCGGCAGUGAGUCUCUGCUGGGGCUGGGCAGCUUCUCUGAGGAUAUGAAACUAUUGUCCUGUUCUAACCCCUCCCUGCCCCAGGAUGUGGCCCAGGCCAUGGGAUACUCCUCACUCCCACGUUCCUCACCCUCUCGCAGCUCACCCCCACGCUCCUCACCCCCACGCUCCUCCAUGGAGCCAGGAUACUGCCUCUCCUCGCCCUACUCCUCCCCCAUCCUAGUGCCCAAACCCUGUAGCUCGGUGUCAGGACACAUGGCUCCUCCUGUCCCUGCCCAGAUGUCUCCAGGACACCUGCAGCACCAGACUCAGUCCCCCGUGGCCUCCCCGGCCCUGCCGCCACGGAAAGGCUCGGCAGCCCACUCUGAACUAGAACCUGUCCACUCCAAACUAACCUCCAAUUUGUGA